UUUAGUUUCAAAACAAUAGAAACAAUAGAGAAAUAAAGUUUAUAUGCUGAAAAACAAUAGCAUCGCUUUGGAGGCCUUCAUCUUUUGUGCAUGAAAUGAAAGCGAAUUGUUGUAUCGAAAGCUAUAGCUUUUAGGACAAAGAAGUACAAUUAUGGAAAUAUUAAUGAAGAAUAAACUUUUUGUUUGGAUGGCUUAAAUCCCCUUACGUCCAUUCAUUAUAUUCUUGAUGUUCUUCCAACGGAAGAUAAUCAUUUUUGAAGUGUUCACACAUCAAGAGUUUUUCUUUAUUAAGAAAAUCGACGGUAGAAUUAGCGACGUGGAUGUAAGGCUUUUUGAAUGACUUUUACAAGGAUGUUUGCCUAUCCUGGAUCGUAAGAACAAAAGUCGCUUGUUUAGAAAAUGUCAACGCAAAAUGAACUCGUUUUCAUUUGAUUCUGUUCUCUUCAAAUUGCUACACUUAUUCUCAGAUUUCCAUAAGGAUAGAUGAUGCUUCUUGGUCUUAUUUACUCUUUACCUACUUACAUGCUCAUCCCAGUUUUUCCCUUGUGCGAAUGAGCCUUGAAUUGGUGAUUUCUUUCCACUUUUUUAUCAACCCAUGAUUUCUAAAGACUCGUUUUGAUGAAUUUGUUCCAAAACGAAGGCCACGAGUCCUUUGGUAACUCAGAAUCUCAUCCUUUCCAGGAAAAUGGUCCUACGUCUGCAGUCGCGUAUCCUAUGCAGCUUUCGGCGACAGAUGACUUACUUGAAAGGCGACGUGCUUCUCAGAAACGUUACGAGCAGUUUUUGGCAUCUUUGUUUGAAAAAUACGGACGCGACACUUCUGACAUAGCUGACGAAAUUGACCUUUCCACUGGAAAAAUCGUCGUAAAUCGAGGUCAUCUUCUUGGAUUAAAAAAUAAAAAUGAUGUCUGGGCACCUGAAGAUGAGCUUGGUAGUGCUCACGAACAUAUGCGCGCGGCGCCUACUUUUCCCUCCAGCAAACUGGCUAAGGACGAAUAUCAUUCAACAGCUGCACGACUGGAGCAAUGUGAUUUGGAAAUAGCCGAUGAUAUUCCUCUGAUAUCCUUUUUUCAGAACAAGGUUGGCAGUUCGCUUCCAUCAAAUCAUUCAACGGUCUCGAGGACGUCGCACUCUAAGGAAGAAACUCAAGACACUUGCAAUGAUACAACAAUGAAAGAACAGGAUGUCGCUAGUCAAGUCUCUUCCCAUCUUUCUGUUUCUUCACACACUGUUUCAUCCUCAUCCUCAGAAGGUGCGACCCGAAAGUCAUUAUCAAAAGACUCAAACGAUAUUUCGUACUCGCUAUCUCCUAAUACAAAGUCAAACCUUGAAGUCAAGGAGAAUCUCGACUCAACUCCUUUAGUGAAUGCGAAAAUGAAUGAAAUGCCGAAAGAUUCUCAGGCAGAACCGCACACAAACAAUAUCACUCUUCAGGAAGGUCUGAAAAAUCCUUUCCAAACUCCAGAAAGACCGCCGAAAAGAGGCUCUACAUUCUCUAAGCGGCUAAAGUCUUUGUCUACUUCUACGAAAAAAAGGAAUUUUGUUUCCCUCUUGUCCAUGGUUUCUCCUCGUCCUUCAUUUGUAUAUCGGGAUUCUCAAAGUUUCGUCGCCAAACCCGUUUCUGCAUCUCAGAUUUCUGUUCCUACUUCUGUUCCUUCGGUAAAGCAUCAUUCCAAAGAGCACUGUGGAAAACCAUUUUGUUUUGAAUGCCUAACCAAAUCUUCGGGCCCCAAACAAAAGUAAAAAUACUCAGUAAGUCUAUCUUCACGACUGUUCUCUCUACGUACUUUCCUCUAUGCAUAUUAUUUAUCGUAUAACACUAUAACCAUUGAAUUUCGUAAUGGUUUUGUAUAUUAAAGUUAGAAAUGAAACUGUAUUAUUCUUCGUUC